AUGGGGAAGCUGAUCUCCAAAGGCUGGAGGAAAAGAGAUGCUCGAGUUAUCAUGCUGGGGCUCGACUUCGCUGGCAAAUCCACCCUUCUGUACAAACUGAAGAGCGGCCAGGCUGUGGAGACCUGCCCCACGGUGGGAUUCAACGUGGAGUCUCUGAGAACUCCCUGUGGCAUUUCCUUCACCCUCUGGGAUGUUGGGGGACAAGACAGCCUGCGGGCCAGCUGGCCGAACUACCUGGAGGACAUCAACACCCUCAUCUUCGUGCUUGACAGCACAGACACGGCCCGGCUGGCUGAAGCAAUGGCGGCCCUGGAGGAGGCCCUGAGCCACCCCGGCAUGGCUGGCAUCCCUGUGCUGCUCCUGGCCAACAAGCAGGACGUGCCGGGAGCGCUGGCUCCUGCCCAGCUGGGGGAGAUGCUGCGGCUCGGGGGGCUGGCCAGGCACCGCUGGAUGCUCCGGGGCUGCAGUGCCCACACUGGCCAGGGCCUGCAGGAAGUGCUGGCCAUCCUGGGAAUGCUGCUGCGGGGCUCAGGGCACAGCUCCCUGUCCCAGGAGCAGCCCAGGCGAGCUCCAGAGCAAACCUGA